AUGAAGGGUCUCACUGCCAAGGAGUUGGUCGAGCAUCCUGGCUUCAAGCAUCUAAAGUGGAAUCUGCCCAAAGACCAGGAGGGUCAUGCUGAGGUGGCCCAGGGCCGGGCUGGUGGGCCUUUCAAAUUGGGAUAUGAUGUCCAUGGAAAGGGAGACAAUCGCAUAGUGUGGAUUAUGGGCCUUGGUGCUUAUCGCACAGCCUGGAAACGCCAAAGUCGCUACUUCGGCCACACGCACCCGGAAUAUGCCUCUCUCGUCUUCGACAACCGCGGUGUUGGUGUAUCAGAUAAACCAACAUGCCGCUACUCAACCUCAGAAAUGGCCAAGGACAUCGUCGAUCUAUUGAUCCAUAUCGGCUGGUUGAACGCCGACCGCUCGCUCCCGGACCCUAAGGAAAAGCUGAACGUCGUCGGCGUGUCCAUGGGCGGCAUGAUUGCACAGGAGCUGGGACUGAUCCUCCCAACGGGCACACUCAACACUCUCUUCCUCAUCUCCACUUGGCCACGGGCUGUCAGAACAGUACCUUUCAUGGAAAACCUGCGACAGCGGAUCAAUAUGUUCAUUCCGCGCGAUAUCGAUGUUCAACUAGACGGCAUCAGCGAUCGACUAUUCUCCGAUGAGUUUCUACAGCUGCCUGACACUGAAGGUGAUGAGCCAUACGGCCCGGGUGGACCCAACUACCCAACGAAUCGUGACCGGUACUGCGCGGGUGAAAUGGAGAAGCGCCUGGACAAAGAGGGGUUUACCAAAAAGGCCUUCAUCCUGCAGGCCAUUGCGGCAGGCUGGCAUUACAAGAGUACGCAGCAGGUGCAGGAGAUGCGUGAUCAUGUAGGAAAGGGAAGGAUCGCGGUUGCCCAUGGCAAACUGGACAGGAUGAUCACAUACAAUCAUGGCGAGCUGCUGAGAGACGAGAUUGGAGAGACGGUCGAGUGGAAGAGCUACGAGAAUCGCGGCCACGUGCUGAUGUGGGAGGAAGAAAAGGACUUCAACUCAUGGGUGGCUGGGUUCAUUGAACAAUGCAAAUCCAUGGAGAGCUGA